AUGCCGAAAUGGCAUUGCUGUUUUCCGAGUUAUGGCGCUGCAGUAUGUGGCACCCAUCGUACAGCACAAAAUCCGCCGGAAUCAAAUACGACCGUGGAAUUCAGGUCUACUACUAUGGGUAGAAAAGGAAAGACGCAGAACGCGAGUCGCAACGCAACACAAAACCCAAACGUUAUUGAAGUGGGAGAAGCAAGAUAUUCCAAACGGGACACUUUCAGCUACAAAAUGAAUAAGCGGAAUUUCAAAUUUGUCAAAUUCCUCUUUUCCCUCUUCCACAAGUUACCUUGGGAACUUUCUCAACCCUCUUGA